GGGCGGGGUGGCGGGCCGGGUGCGGGGUGCUGGCCGAGCUCUGCCCUGACGCGCUCUCUGCCCUCUCGUCCCUCAGCCCCCGCCGCGCUGAGGGCGCUGCCCCCGCCCGUCGCCGUGGGGGUGUUGCACACCACAAGACCACUACACACAACUCCACAGAGUUUGGCUCCUGUGCCACCUCUGCCUGAGAAGGGAGGAGAAGUUCGUCAUGGUUUGAUCCCUGAGGAGUUUUUCCAGUUUCUCUACCCUAAAACAGGAGUUACAGGGCCCUACAUGUUGGGCACUGGCCUCCUGCUGUACCUCCUUUCCAAGGAGAUCUAUGUCGUUAACCACGAGACAGCAGCAGCUGCCUGCAUCCUCUCAGUCAUCAUUUAUGGCAUCAAGAAGUUUGGGCCUAGUGUGGCAGCUUUUGCUGACAAACUUAACGAGGAGAAAAUGGCCUCGGCUCUGGCCAUGAAGAACGAGUCCAUGCAGACGCUGCAGACGGCCAUCGAGGAGGAGAAGAAGGAGCAGUGGAGGGCAGAGGGGCGCAGCUACCUCUUUGAUGCCAAGAGGAACAACAUUGCCAUGCUGCUGGAAGCCAACUACCGGGAGCGUUUGCUGAUGGUGUACAACGAGGUGAAGAAGAGGCUGGACUACCAGGUGGCCAUGCAGAACCUGAAACGGCAGAAGGAGCAGGACCACAUGAUCCAGUGGGUGGAGAAGAGUGUUGUUCAGAGCAUCACACCUCAGCAGCAGAAGGAGAGCAUUGCCAAGUGCAUCCUGGACCUGAAGGCGCUGUCCAAGAGCGCCCACGCAGCAGCCUGAGCCCACUGCCACCUCCCAAUAGCUCCUCUUGGAAACUGUAUGACUCUAAAAUAUCAUUAAACAGACAAAAAAACCCCUCUGCUGUCUUUCACUA